AUGGAGUGGAUAUCUCAAAAAGUUGGAAACCUAUCUCCUCUCCAUGGCGCAUUCCCCAGCCGAGUGUUUUGCUCACUCCCAACAAAAGAUGAAAUUGUCUCCCUCGUGCAAAGUUACAUCGAGGACUUCAAUAUGCUAUUCCCAAUUUUUCAGCGGUCUGAGCUGCUAUCACUCUUCAAUCAGAAAAGCUUGGACAUGAGAGUUCAAACACCGAGCCAAUGGGCCUGCAUAAAUGCAGUACUAGCAACAGCAUACAUGAUCCGCCCUCAAGAAGCAUCCGGGACAGAUCAUCAUCAGAAAAGCUGGUUGUUCAUCCAAAAUGCCUUAGAAAUGGUGAAUGAGCUCUGUUUUGGCCCACCAGAUCUGUUGGGUCUCCAAGCGCUCCUACUAUUGGUUACCUUUCUUCUGGGGACAUCGGCUGAGAAUCCUUGUGGUUUUUUGGUCUCCGCUGCUAUUCGCAUCUGUCACGAACUUGGUUUGGGCAAGACAGAAGGCGGCUCUCCUUUGUGUUCGGAGGGAAUUCAGCACAAGCGGACACUGUUUUGGAUCGCUUAUUGCUUAGAUCGAGAUGUGACCUUACCAAUGGAAGCACCAACCGACAGCAAGUACAGCAUGCCAACCAGUGAUCUAUCUGGGAGCUUCAAUGCGUUCCGGUCAACUUGCCAGCUGGCUAUUAUCAAGGGGCAACUAUAUAAGGAUCUUUACUCCCCAGCUGCGGAGGAUAGGCCACUGAGCCAGGUCAUCGCUUCGGUUGGAGUGUUAGACGAGAAGCUUCAGGAGUGGAAACGAAGCAUUCCGCCCGAGUAUCAGCCGGAAAAGGCCGUGGCUGAUGGCCACCGGUCAAAAAUCUCUCCUGUGUUACUCCUGCUACAUUAUUCGUACUUCCACUGCGUGAUUGCAAUUCACCGUCGUGUUGUCGCCAGGGGCUUGAGCACUGGGACAGACCUUCUGGAGAAGGAUGACUUCACGAGCUCGCCCGCCUCGUUAUCUAAUCCCCGGGUAUUACUGUCUACGUCACUCUGCACCAAAGCCGCUAGAGCAUCUAUCAACCUUACAAAAUAUUUAUCGCAGGAUAAUACACCCCUUUUUGGAUCCUUGAUCUAUUACCCAGUGAUUGCGUCAAUGACGCUCUCAUGGAGUAUCAUACGCAACCCUCAAGAUGCUUAUCGAGGAUACAAUUUGAAACUAAUUGACCGGACAGAGGAUUUCCUGUCCUCUCAAGCUUUUUGCAAAGCUUUUGAGGGGAUACGGCGCCUUGUGAAGCAGUGCGCUGAAUACCGCUCCAUUGCGGAAGCUGCAGUAAAGGCCACAAUGUGGAUUGGCCUAUCGUUCGCUUUUGGUCCACUCACCUCUCCACGGCGUUAUUAUGAUGGAAAUCUUUAUGAAUAUACCCAAUGCACGCGAAUAUGA